UGCCCGAUGUACGCCCUGCGCGGGGCGCCACCGCCUCUAUAAGCAGCGCCGCCGGGCAGGCGUGGGAGCAGCUGCGUAACUGAUCCCGCUCUAUCCCAGCCGGUUCUGCUCCGUCCCACCGGGAGCAUGUACCAGAGCCCCGCGCGCUGCCUCUGCUCGGCGCUGCCCACCCUCUGCUGCACUCCCGCCGCCGCCUCGGCCUCCCGCCUGCCGCUGUCGCGGCCCCGCUCCCACCCCGCCGCCUCGCGGGCAGCAGCGGGCGGCCCGCCCGCCCCGGAGGCGCCGCCCCGCACAGUGUGUUCCAUGGGAAACAGCACCAGCCGGCUCUACAGUGUGCUCGCCAAGACGCUGAGCAGUGGUGCCGUGUCCCAGCACCAGGACUGCCUGGAGCAGCUGGACUCAGCACGGCUGGAUCCUUUAGACCCCAAGGAUUUGCUGGAGGAAUGUCAGAUUGUUCUGCAGAAGCGGCCGCCCCGGUUUCAGAGGAACUUCGUGAACCUGAAGAAGAAUACUACCUGUAACCACCGCCCCAUCCGGGUCAUGCAGUGGAACAUCCUUGCCCAAGCUCUUGGGGAAGGCAAAGACAACUUUGUUCAGUGCCCCAUGGAAGCUCUGAAAUGGGAGGAGAGGAAAUGCCUCAUCCUGGAGGAAAUCCUUGCGUACAAGCCCGACAUCUUGUGCCUUCAGGAAGUUGACCACUACUUUGACACCUUUGAGCCGCUCCUCAGCCGCCUGGGCUACCAGUGCACUUUCUUCCCAAAGCCGUGGUCACCGUGCCUGGAUGUGGAGCACAACAACGGGCCAGAUGGCUGCGCCAUGUUCUUCCUCAAGGAGCGCUUUGAGCUCGUCAACAGUGCCAACAUCCGGCUGACGGCCAUGAAGCUGAAGACCAACCAGGUGGCCAUUGCUCAGACACUGAAGUGCCAUGAAACUGGGAGACUCUUCUGCAUUGCUGUCACCCACCUGAAAGCCCGCACGGGCUGGGAGAGGUUCCGCUCUGCUCAGGGCUGCGACCUCCUCCAGAACCUGAAAAAUAUCACCCAAGGAGCGAAGAUCCCCCUGAUUGUCUGUGGAGACUUCAAUGCAGAGCCAACUGAGGAGGUCUACAGGGAGUUUUCCAACUCCAGCCUCAAUUUAAACAGUGCAUACAAGCUGCUGAGCCCUGAUGGACAAUCGGAGCCCCCCUACACCACCUGGAAAAUCCGGCCCUCUGGAGAGUGCCGGCACACACUGGAUUAUAUCUGGUAUUCCCAGCAUGCCUUGAAUGUGAAUUCAGCCCUGGGCUUGCUGACUGAAGAGCAAAUUGGGCCCAACAGGCUGCCCUCAUUCAAUUACCCUUCCGAUCACCUGUCCCUCGUGUGUGACUUUAGUUUUAAUCAAGACCCUGACAGACUGCUGUAACGUCUUGGAAUGCCACCUGGUAUUGCAGUGUCUGAACUUGCCAGUCUUUUAUUUUAGAGAAAGCCUUUGAAUCUGGAUGCUAUUGAAAGAUGAGGAAAUACUGUUGACUAACCAUUAAGGCACUUGCUUGGAGUUAACACUUGCUGUUCAGCCCUCAAUGUGCAGCCUUCUAGGGAGAAAGAAAGAAGCCAGUGUUCUCGUCAUGGUCUUCUUGCCAUGUCAGGAUUUGAAAACUAGAAGGCAAAUGAGCUCUAUCACUAAGCCCCCUGUUUAAAGAUUUAAUCCUCUAAUGAAUAUGGAGGCCUUAGUGUUUAAAUCAAAACACUUCUGUUUGUGAAACAACUUGCCCUGACAGCAUGCUAAUUUUAUUUCUUUCAUGUUAAGCUUCUGCAAGUACCAAAGAGAGUGAGGUUUGACUACCCAGUGAGAGUCUCUUAAAUCUUUUUCUGUUGCAAUAUGAAGGAAGUUUAAUGCAGUUUAGACAAAAAGCUAAGCUCAUAGUAGUGUGAUCUUGUCAUUUUUCUAUGACCUGAGAUGAGAAAUUCAUUAGAAGUGUGAGGAAGGCCCCCUCCAGUAAGAGCAGGUGAGGAAACAGAGGCUAUGACCUAGAGUAAUACCGUCACUUUUCCAGAACUGUGUGCAUGUGUCUGUCACAUGGAUAUAGCCUGUAGGCAUGUACACAGUGACUGUACCUUCAUCUUUUCUGUGCUUCGCUCUGGAGGACACAGCUAACCAGGGACUACUUCUUCCUCUGCUCUGCGUAUUAUUUUUCUAAAUGAUUUAAAUUUGUAGUCUUGUCAAUCUUGCCGUUUCAGUAAAGGGCCAAUCUUAAUGUUGAAAGAUUUAUUUAUCUUCAGAAUCUAAAGCUACACUGGAACGUGUUGUAAUUUAUUUAUUGAGAGAAGUUGGUGAUCCUGCAUCUGAUUGGAAAUUGUACAGUGAUAGUGUUCAGGAGCCUCUUCCUGUGACCAUCUGGGUUACAGCAGAGGUGUGUUAGUCUAGUAACUCCUGUGAUGCUCACUGGUGACAUAGGAAUUGCAUAUAUGGAUUGUAAACAUGCCGUUAUGCUGGAAAAUGACGUAGGAAGAAAGGAGGGAAGAGAGACAACAGUUGGGAGUUGGGCUGACAUUUAGAUAGUUGAGGAAGAUAUGGCAGGGCAAAUAAAGCAGUAUUUCCAUGUGAAGUAGGGUGCAUAGUAACCCUUAAAUGUUCCAGGUUUUUAUUAAUAAAACACUUUAGAAAGAA